AUGUUACAGUCUAUUCAUCUCCGUUUUUCCUCUUCCCCUUCACCUACGAGAAGAAAAUUUUGCGCCCCUUACGAGGUUGGAGGCGGAUAUUCCGAUGAAGAACCGUUCGAAAGAUACGGAACCCAUCAGAGUAAAACGAAUGUCGAGGAUAAAUUAAGUGAAUCUCAGUACGAGGCUCUUCUUAAAGGAGGCGAACAAGUGACCUCCGUUCUUGAAGAAAUGAUAACUCUCCGGUGUGCCAAAGACUUUAAACUAAAGCUCUCAGAAGUCUUAUCGUCGGAAGCUGCUUUUUAG